UAAUGAGAGAUGGUAAAGGUUCAUCGGCUGGUUGGUGUUCCUGAAUGAAACCGACCUCGACCCUUCUUUUUACAGACAAAAAUAACUUGCCGGUAACAUGGAGGACGAGCAGACGGUGAAGUUUUAUCGCCUCUCGGAAGUGCAGGAGCGAAACACGUUCAAAAGUACCUGGAUCAUCAUCAACUAUAAAAUCUAUGACGUGACCAAGUUCCUGGAGGAGCACCCCGGAGGCGAGGAAGUGCUACGCGAGCAGGCGGGGGGCGAUGCCACGGAGAGCUUUGAGGACGUGGGACACUCCUCGGACGCCAGGCAGAUGACCGAGAGCUUCCUCGUCGGAGAGCUGCACCCGGACGACCGGCCCAAAAUUCAGAAACCCCCAGAAUCACAAGUAAUACCAGUCCCAGAAAGUUCAAGCUGGUGGACGAACUUGGUGAUCCCAGCACUGGUCGCUGCCAUUGUGACUUUGCUGUAUCGCUUGUACAUGUCAGAGGAUUGACCAGCUGACCUAUUUCAGCCUCUUCAAGCCAUUCCACUGCAAAGAUAGCGAUGUCUCCAAGGCCCGUGGAGCAAACGGCUCAUGUCCAGGUUCUCCUAUCUGCCAACGUGGGAAAUAAUUAUCUAUUCUUUUUAUUAUAAUUGUAUGGCCUUAACUGUACCAUUGCUUUUAAAUAUUAA